AUGAUCAAAUUGAAUAAUUUUCAAAAUCUAGAGGCUAUUGAUUUAUCUAAUAAUUUGAUUUCAAAACUUGAAAACUUGGAAUCUUUGGUAAACUUGAAAAGUUUCAAGUUUACAAAUAGCAAACCUUUCUUUGAUUGGAACUAUUUUAACGUCAAAAUUGAUAAAAUUGAAAAUUUAGACUGUUUAAUCAAUUUAAACUUUCUAGAUUUAUCAUAUAACGAAAUUAAUAAAAUAGAAAAUUUAUCAAGUUUGGAACGCUUGACUUAUCUAAGUUUAUCUACAAAUAAAAUUCAAAAAAUCGAAAAUUUAGAAUCAUUAUCCAAUUUGAAACAGCUAGAUUUAUCUAAAAAUUAUAUUGAAACCACAGAUUUUUGUUACUUUAAUAUUACUCAUAAUCUUGAGAAUUUAAAUCUUGCCAAAAAUAGUAUUGAUGUUGUUUCUAAUUCAAUUGUAAAUUUAAUGAAUUUAAAAAAGUUAAAUCUUUCUUUUAACCAAAUUGAAAAUGUUGAUGUUAUAAAUUUUUUAAGCAAUUUGGAAGUACUCUAUUUAAAUAAUAAUCGAAUUAAAAAAUUUGAUAACUUUACUAAUUUACAAGUGCUAAAACAUUUAGAUUUGUCUUUCAAUAAAAUCAAUUCAAUUAAAGGAAUUGAGUAUCUUUCUAGACUUAAAAUUUUGAAUCUUUCCUCAAAUAUGAUCGAUAAAUUAGAU